AUGGAGAGAAAGCUUACUCGCGAGGACUUCAUGCGGAAGAGUUUCCGUUCGCCGAGGAUAUCUCAGACGCCCGAGGCACAAGCCACGGUGAACGGCGCACCUCCACCAUCGCCCGUAUCCCUGGCGAUGCUGGAGAGGACCCCACAGGCGACAAGGGCACAGUACGAGGUCACCUCGUCCGGAAUAGCGCCCAAACGUUUGGAGCUCAAUCGUGCUCAUCCGAUACACCUGAAAUCCUUCCAAACGCCGGAGCCGCCCGACGAAGGCGGCCCGACGGCUCCCUCUGACGAGGUGCUGCGCAAACUCGAGCGACAGAUAGGCGAGAUGGAGCGCGGUCUGGAGCGAGCGCAGAACGGCAACGCCUCCGUCGACGAGAGGGUCCGUUACGCCGAGCACGAGAACCUGCUUAGGACCGGCGUCUCGUCCGUAGGGGGAGGUGGCUACCUUCCCGCAGAUUCGGACACGGAACACGACUCGGCGCCGUUCAACAGGAACGAGACCACUAGGAGCAGCACCGGCGCAGCGGCCCCAACCACCCGACCCGCGGCCCGACUCGCCCGCACCCACUCGGACACGCAGCAGCACAACGUCGCCGCUACCGCCCGCCUCAUGAGGAAACUCGCCGACGGCGGCGCCGCCAAGGACGAGAAGUCCAAAGUGAUAUCGCGCAAGGCGAUACAAGCGCGGAUGGAGCGCGUGAAGAAUUCGGUGGUGGGCGCUAGGCACGAGCACAGGGUCCUCGCCGAGCACAAGGCCGAGCCGAGCGCGCAGACCCCGCCGCCAUCGUCGAGGACCCCGACGUCGCCCGUCUCGCUGCGGUCCUCGGUUCAGGUAAAGAGAGCUGUGAGCGUCCAGUGUAUGUCUGUCUCUCUGUUUGUGUCCUAUCCAUCAGACAAUCUCGAUUUGGAUUUUGUUUUAUGUUCA